CAUCUGACCUGUAUAGGGGGAAUCUACAGGCCUGAAGCAGGUGAGAACGUUGACAUCUUUCCUAUACGAGGUAUCUCCAGGCCUGAAGCGGGUGAGAACUGUGCCCUCUUCCCUAUACGAGGUAUCUCCAGGCCUGAAGCGGGUGAGAACUGUGCCCUCUUCCCUAUACGAGGUUUCGCCAGGCCUGAAGCGGGUGAGAACUGUGCCCUCUUCCCUAUACGAGGUAUCGCCAGGCCUGAAGCGGGUGAGAAACUGUGCCCUUUUCCCUAUACGAGGUAUCCCCAGGCCUGAAGCGGGU